GUUUCCUGGUCACAGAAGGGCCAUUCUACCUACAUCAAUACAACGUUCGAACAAUCCUUCUAUCUGCCGUCGAAUCCAGUACCAAAUCAAUAGCCAGAUACGAGGAUUGUCGCAGUUUGCCCAGACCCCGAGGGCAUGAGCUGCCCAUCUCCUAUAUGUGUGCCCAAAUAUGAUCCGACCUGUUUCAAGCCCCUGGAGACCUCGCUCUCGACGCGAUACAUAAUUCGGGCUCCAUACGAGCCGCAACGCGGGCGACUUAAAAGACCGGGCAGCCAUCAGUUCAAGCCUGGCAGCAUACGUGUAUGCCAUAUCGAGUGCUUCGUCGAGCGUGUCGUUCAAGCACUUUUGGCAUACCAUCAAGCACCUUUGCCGUAUCAUCGAGCGCCUUUGGCAUACCGUCGAGCACCACUGACACGCCGUCGAGCAUCUUCGGCAUGCCGUCGAGUACCUCUGCUGUAUUGUCGAGCACCCUGGGCAUACUAUCAAUGUCGAGCACCUUUGGCGUGCUGUCGAACUUCUUCGGCGUGUCAUCGACCUUGAUGGGUGGUCGUCGAGCACAUCAGACCUCGUACCUUCCCACUCAAGCUCGCUAUCUUCUUCCAUUCGAAGCUGCUAUCUUCUUCCCACUCAUCAGAGACUUCGCUCAAUGGCGAGGCUACCACUUCCAUCUGAUCAGAGAAAGUGCUUGGGAGAGGAGACAAUCUCGAGGGAUGAUUUUCGCGCUCUUGACACGUCAUGCUGGAAUAAGCGAGCAGGUAUUCCCAGGGAUCGGAUGAACCUGCACAGAAGGCAAUACGAAAGAUAUUGGUUGCAAGAGCAUCCACAUUGCUCUGUAAGAUCGUCGGCCUGGUCGGGGAGGUCACUGUCCCAGGCUUCGUGCUCAAGGUCAAGAGUAUCCCCAGUAAAGUGCGUCCAUGUCGAUGUCUUAGUGUCGAGAUGAGUGUAUUGGCUUGGUGUGUGUACCUAGAUAGGCAAGUGGGGCGCGUACUUGCUGCUGGGUAAUUGGUGGGGCCUUUUGAUCAAAGGGUGCUUGUGGUGACGAGAAAUUGCUUGCUCAAGAUGCGUUGGUCGCUUGGAGUGCAGUAACAACAAUUCUGUCCCGGAGUUGAAUUUAUACCCGAAAUUGAGCC